GCUUUUGGAAUACAUUUUGUAACGAUUCUUUAUUCUAUUUUCAUUUUAUUUUUUGCACUCUUAUUGCUGUAGCCUAGUCUGAGCUGCGUUGACAGAAAUGAUAUUUUUAGAUUUUUGAAAUGAGAAUCAAGAAGAGGAAUCGUUUUUUGGAAUGGCAGGCGCUCUGGUAUUAUUUAUUUGUCUUGUGGAAUACAAUAGAGGCACAGAUUCACUACACUAUUCCAGAGGAACUAAAGCAAGGUUCUGUUGUUGGGAAUCUAGGGAAAGACCUGGGUUUGGGGGUUUCGGAGAUUUCUGAUCGAAAAUUACGGAUUGCAUCCGAGGGUAAGCAGUAUUUCAGUGUGGAUUUGGGGAAGGGGGAGCUGGUCGUGAGCGAGAGAAUCGACAGAGAGACUCUGUGCGGACAAAGCGCCAGUUGUGUGUUACCUUUAGAGGUUAUCAUUGAAAACCCAUUAGAACUAUUCCGCAUUGAGAUUGAAAUAAAUGAUAUUAAUGACAAUGUUCCACAUUUUCCAUCAAAGGUGUAUGUUUUAAGAAUCGGUGAACAUUCUGCUUCGGGAUCGCGAUAUCAGUUGGAAAAGGCAGUGGACCCUGACGUUGGUUCAAACGCAUUAAAUACGUACAAGAUUAGUACAAGUGAACAUUUUUCAUUGAAUGUUAAAACAACAAAGGACGGAGUAAAGGUUCCAGAGUUAGUUCUUCAGAAGCCACUGGACAGAGAGAAACAGCCUGUCCAUCGACUCGUUCUAACGGCUGUUGAUGGGGGGAAUCCAGUGCUAUCGGGAACAACAGAUAUAACCGUUCAGGUUCUAGAUAUAAAUGACAAUGCACCCCAAUUUGAAAGGGCUAUUUAUGAAAUAUCACUUCUGGAAAAUUCGCCACCAUCGACUACUGUUUUAACAGUGAAAGCCGUUGAUGUGGAUGAAGGAUCUAAUGCCGAAAUAUUGUAUUCAUUUGCUGAACAUACAUCAGAAACAAUCCGGAAUGUUUUUGCCCUGAUUCCUGAGAGUGGCGAGGUUAAGAUAAUAAAUCCACUCGAUUACGAAAAUGCCAAUUCGUUUGAAUUUGAUAUUCGUGCUACAGACAAAGGCACGCCAGCAAUGGAAGGUCGCUGUACUGUCCAUGUGGACGUAAUUGAUGUGAACGACAAUCCUCCCGAAAUCAUCAUGAAGACUUUGCCAAGCCCUGUAAGAGAGGACGCCCCUGUCGGGACUGUGGUUGCUCUCAUAAGGGCGGUCGAUGUAGAUUUCGGAAACAACGGAAAGGUUACCUUACAUAUUCCCCCAGAAUAUCCCUUUAAAUUGAAACCGUCGUUUUCCGACCAUUACACAUUGAUUACGGGUUCGAAAUUGGACCGGGAGGCCUCCGCACGGUACACUAUCGAUAUAAUUGCGACUGAUUCCGGUUCACCCCCACUCUCGACGCCAAGAAGUAUUAAUAUAAAUAUUUUGGAUGUGAAUGACAAUCCGCCAAUUUUCUCCCAACCUUCAUACGUCGUGUAUGUAAAAGAGAAUGGGGUUCCGGGGACAAUAUUAUGUUCAGUAUCCGCAUCUGACCCAGACCUUGGUGAGAAUGCUAAAAUCUCAUACUCUAUCUUAGACUCUAAAGUUCAAGACGUGUCUGUCUCCUCGUAUAUUUACAUUAACUCCGAUAACGGCAGCAUCUACAGCAUGCACUCGUUUGACUAUGAGAAGCUGAAGGUGUUCCAGGUCCAGGUGCAGGCAAAGGACCAGGGCUCUCCGUCUCUCAGCAGUAACGCUACUGUUCAUGUUUUUAUCCUGGAUCAGAACGACAACACCCCCACUGUAAUUUACCCCUCUGUUAUCAUGGGCUCAGUCUCUCACCAGAAACUGCCCCGCUCUGCUAAAGCGGGACACCUCGUUACCAAGGUAACAGCAGUGGACGCUGACUCGGGGCACAACGCCUGGAUUUCCUAUAGAGUGGUGGAGGCUACAGACGCUUCUCUGUUUGGUGUGAAUCUUUAUACCGGGGAGGUGAGGACUAAACGCGCUGUUUCAGAGCAGGAUGACGCCUCUCAGAGGCUGCUUAUAGAGAUCAAGGACAACGGGGAGCCCGUCCAGUCCACCACAGUCACAGUCGGCAUAUUGUUAGAGGACGGGGUUCACGAGCCCAUUUCGGACUUGCGACAGAAAACGCAAGAACCCAGCAAGAAAAACAACAAGAUCACAUUUUAUUUGAUCAUCUCUCUGGCGUCGAUUUCCGCCGUGUCUUUUGUGACUUUUGUAAUAUUGACAGUGAAGUGCGUUAGAAACAGCCGAAGGGGGGCGUGUUGCUGUAUCAGACGGUCUGAAUCUGACGGAUACAAGAAUCCCAACAGAAAUCUUCAGAUCCAGCUGAACACUGACGGGCCUAUUAAGUAUGUGGAGGUUCUGGGAGGGGACAUGAUGUCUCAGAGCCAGUCCUUCAGGUCGUGCCUCUCUCCGGUGUCAGAGUUCAGUGAUUUCACCUUCGUUAAGCCCAGCAGCACCUCUGACUUUAAGGAUAUGAUCAGUGUACUGGACGCGUCUCUUCCUGACAGUGCGUGGACUUUCGAGAGUCAACAGGUGAGCAUUACCUCAUGA